AGCCCACGUCGUUCUCUAUUUCUAUCAUCGUUCGUGUUGGUCAGGGUCCAACCGACCCAGGAGGACUUAUGUGGGACGUAAUAAUAUUAUCUUAUCUACUGUUACACCUCAUUACAAUUGGCGCAUAGAACGCUCAACAACUUCAACGCAGUCGUUGACGGGUUCGGAGCAAUGCGGGCACAGCCAGGCUCGACCGCUGCAUUAAAGCCUGACACCGAACCACCGUCCUCUUCUCCAAGCUAAAACAUUCAUAAUGAAAGAAGAAUCUGAUUGUUUCGCCGGGCUUGCUACUGCUAGUACUACGCCACGCCUUGCCGUUUCCGAUUCAGAGCAAGAUCACUCUAACCUCUCCCAGAGGUACCAACGUCACCUCCCACAGGAGCUUAUUGACUGCAUUAUAGAUGAAUUACAUGAUGAUCGAAUAUCCCUCGCUCUCUGCGCUCUCGUCUCGCGUUCCUGGGUGAACGAAAGCCGCCAUCAUCUCUUCAUGACCGUGAAUCUUCAGGCCUACGAUUCGUUGGAGUCCCCUCUACCUUCCUUCUCAGAAUUGCUACUUAACAAUUUGAACCUGCAACAGUUCGUACGUACUCUAAUGAUCAAUAACAAGAAGGCUUUCAUCCACCCGGUUAAGGGCAAAGUCGAGCUCUCCUUACUUGGCUCCAUUCUGGGUCGCCUACCCAACUUACGCACUCUUUCCUUGCAUUGGGUACAGAUCGCCGUGGCAUCUGAUUUAAGAAGCUCUCUUCUCUCCAUGGAGGAUGCAUUGGAUCUUCCGGAGGUCGUCUUAUGGGGAGUUGACUUCCAAGUUCAAUCGCACAAUGAGGACUCCUUCGAUCCCUUCUUGAGGUUGUUCACCCACAUAGGGUUCUUUGAUUUAGAUUGGUGUCGCGUAAUCGAUACGCAUGGAGAAAAGGCAGAUGUCAUUCGCGAGAACCUUAUCAGCAGGCUCCGUGUGCACAGACUCCAAGUCAUGGCCUGCGCUCGGCCCAUCGAGCAAGCGCUGUAUUUGUCUAUAGUUCCGUCCCGAAUACGGUUUGCUGCCGUAGGAUUUUUGUGGUUCCACGGGAAGGGUGUCCUCUCAUCCUUCCUAUGUAAUCCUGAAGUGAAACUCACGGCGCUGGAGCUCAAUUGGAACUACGUAAAUCCGCUUCAUUUAUCGACAGAUGCAUUACAGUCUUGGAGUUCUCUAACUCUACGGUGUUGCCGAUGGCUUAGCCUCAUUAUUAUCCGACUCAGUAUAUACGAAGGCCGGCCAUCCCAGAAUGUUUUCGUAUGGUCAUCUGUCGUAGCCUUGCUCGCCACACUACCGAUCACUUUUACUGGUCGGUUAGAGCUCUAUGUUACCCUGUUGCAUCAGGGCGACUACGUUGGGUUGUCGACUUCUAUCCAUGAGUUGGACUGGGACGCAUUCACUAUCGCCGUACGAGGCAAAGCUCAAGCCAUGAAAUGCUAUUUGUUGCAUCAUCCUGCCAUUUCGCGAGAGUCGUUUAUUCAGUUCAAAAACAUCAUCACGGAUAGAUUGUGCGGGCACGGAGAGCGUGCUCCCGUCGUGUGCAUCGAGCAGAAAGCGAUUGACGACUGGAGGUUAAUGGCGGGUGUCUAGUAUGUCUAUGGUGAUGUUCUGUGAAUACGAGAUAUCGGGAGGGGUAACCAUUGAAAUAAUGUCACGGUACAUUAUCCUUCGUCAAACAACCCUGUACAUGACAACUAUGCCUUAUUAAUUUAUUAGCCAGUCAGUUGAGUACCAU